CUCCCCAAGAACAAAGGGACUUUCCCCAACGCGAUCAGAAUAGGAACUAUGGUCCUUCACAGGAUGGAUCUUAUGGGCGAGGACCGGGUGCAUACCAGGGCCAAGAAACAUAUGGACCCUCUGGGCAGGUGCAAGUUCUGGCUAUGGCCAGGGUUACCCGGGGCAUGGAGAACCUCAAAGGUUCACACAAGGGGAGCAGAGAAACUGGCAAGGAGAGCCAAGGACCUAUGCACCGAGGGGACAAACUGGAAAUGACCAAGUGAGACAUUUUCCUUUUACUCGUAUAAAAAAACAAUGAAUUUGGACAUUUGACCUGUAGAACAUAUUUAAAAUCUGAUAUUUAGCCGGAGGAGCCUUUAACAUUGCCAUGUCAUGCCUUGAUCGUGACCUCUUGAUUUUAAUGGGAACCGUAUAGUUCACUUUGUGGAUGGAAAUGGUAAAUGUGGAUACCGAUGAGGGCGGGCAGCCUUGUCCAAGGUAUCUCAAAUCCUGCUCUCGUUGUUCUCCUUUCACUUGUUGGGGAGGGUUUUGGCUCAGCUGUGAGUUGAAUAUGUAGCGUAAUCUAGAAAUCAAUAUCGUACUCUUAUCUGAUAAUUUCAGAGGUACUGCUGUUGUUUUCGCUCGCCUGUGAGACAGUGCUUAUUACACCUGCCUAGUGCCUAAUGGGUGGGUUGAAAGAAGCAGUUGAUUGGAUUGAAAAGUAUUCAUGCACAAAAAGCAUCUUACAUUGACUCAUGGAUUGUUCUGCCUAUCCCAAGUCACCGACUACAUCCUUUGGUGGAUAUUGUUGGUCAUUUCACCUUUCGCAAUCCUGUGUCGGUAUGAACAUGAAAGUUCACACAAAAGGUUGAACUGUGCUAACCAGGAAAAAAAGAGUAACAAAUUAUUCAAUUCAACCCAUGGGGACCUGGUUUGUGUUGAAGCGGUUCCAUUCUCUCUCAACCCGGUACAACUUCAAGCGCAUUCGGUUAAACCGCAAAACAGACGGAAUCGUACUUCACGUUAGGGUUUAGCGCACUGUCUACCUCUCUCUGCAUUUUUGAGAAAUCUUGAACGAUCGUCAAUGAUGCAGUUUGAUUAAAGGGCUUGUGGUACAUUCCUGUUAAGGAAAAGAAAAUGGCUUCAGCAGAGCCACAACAAUCUCUCAAGAGACGCGAUUCAUCUGUGACUAAAGAAGACGAUCAACUUAUUAUAACUCCUUUAGGUGCUGGUAAUGAAGUGGGUCGGUCUUGUGUGUACAUGUCCUACAAAGGAAAAACCGUACUGUUUGAUUGUGGAAUUAAUCCUGCUUUUUCAGGCAUGGCUGCUUUGCCGUACUUCGAUGAGAUAGAUCCUUCAACAAUUGAUGUGCUUCUCAUCACUCACUUUCACUUGGAUCAUGCUGCAUCCCUACCAUAUUUUGUGGAAAAGACCACCUUCAGAGGUCGAGUUUUCAUGACUUAUCCAACAAAGGCAAUCUACAAGCUGCUUUUGACUGAUUAUGUUAAAGUUAGCAAAGUUUCGGAUGAAGAUAUGUUGUACAAUGAACAGGACAUCAACCGCUCCAUGGAUAAAAUUGAGGUUAUCGAUUUCCAUCAAACAGUAGAGGUGAAUGGCAUUAGAUUUUGGUGCUAUACUGCUGGUCAUGUCUUGGGUGCUGCUAUGUUUAUGGUUGAUAUUGCCGGUGUUCGAGUACUGUACACUGGAGACUAUUCACGUGAAGAAGACAGACAUCUUCGAGCUGCUGAGACCCCACAGUUCUCCCCUGAUGUAUGCAUAAUUGAAUCCACUUAUGGUGUCCAACAACAUCAACCUCGGAACGUCAGAGAGAAGCGCUUCACUGAUGUUAUUCAUUCAACUAUUUCUGAAGGAGGUCGUGUCCUUAUUCCAGUUUAUGCCCUUGGCCGUGCCCAGGAGCUGCUUUUGAUUCUUGAUGAGUACUGGUCAAACCAUCCUGAGCUUCAAAACACUCCCAUAUAUUAUGCUUCUCCUCUUGCAAAAAGGUGUUUGACUGUCUAUGAAACAUACAUCCAUUCAAUGAAUGACAGGAUACACAGCCAACAUGCAGCAAAUUCAAACCCCUUUAUAUUCAAGUACAUAUCACCCAUAAAGAGAAUUGAGAAUUUCAAAGAUGUUGGCCCAUCGGUGGUGAUGGCAAGUCCUGGUAUGCUUCAAAGUGGGUUGUCACGACAACUAUUUGAUAUGUGGUGCUCUGAUAGGAAAAAUGCUUGUGUUAUACCUGGGUAUGUGGUUGAAGGGACACUCGCUAAGACAAUUAUUAAUGAGCCCAAGGAGGUUACGCUCAUGAAUGGACUCACCGCUCCUCUCAACAUGCGGGUGCAUUACAUAUCAUUCUCUGCCCAUGCAGACUCUGCUCAGACAAGUGCAUUCUUGGAAGAGCUCUUGCCUAAUAAUAUAAUUCUUGUUCAUGGAGAAGCUAAUGAGAUGGGGAGGCUCAAACAGAAACUCAUAAGCCAGUUUGCUGAUCGCAACAUCAAAAUCUUCAACCCGAAGAACUGUCAGUCUAUUGAAAUGUACUUCAACUCUCUGAAAAUGGCAAAAACUAUUGGCAGGCUUGGUGAAAAGACACCAGAAGUUGGGGAAACUGUCUGUGGUUUACUGGUCAAGAAAGGUUUUACUUAUCAGAUAAUGGCACCUGAUGAUCUCCAUAUUUUCUCCCAGCUAUCGACUGCAAACAUUACUCGGAGAAUUACCAUCCCGUAUGCUGGUGCCUUCAGUGUAUUAAAUCACCGGCUCAAGCAGAUAUUUGAGAGUGUGGAGUCUUCAACCGAUGAGGAGUCUGGAAUCCCAAUACUGCGAGUGCAUGAUCGGGUGACAGUUAAGCAGGAUUCUGAGAAACACAUUUCAUUGCAUUGGGCAUCAGAUCCUGUGAGUGACAUGGUUUCAGACUCCAUUGUGGCUCUGGUUUUAAACAUCAACCGGGAGAUCCCCAAGGUAGUUGUAGAAUCAGAGGCAAUAAAAACUGAGGAAGAGAAUGAAAAGAAGGUGGAAAAGGUUACUUAUGCUCUCCUUGUAUCUCUUUUUGGAGACGUGAAGUCCGGAGAAAAUGGGAAGCUGGUGAUUAGCGUGGAUGGGAAUGUGGCAGAGCUCGACAAACAGACUGGGGAUGCUGAGAGUGAAAACGAAGGUUUAAAAGAAAGAGUAAGGACGGCUUUCCAGCGAAUUCAAAGUGCCGUGAAGCCAAUCCCUCCAUCUGCAUCUUAGCUUUACGACUACUACUAGUCUCUCCACUUAUCAUUCCAUCUCUUUCUUGCUGUAUUUUGAGGUUUAACUUAUGUAGUUUUGUAUUAAUUGUAAAUGAUUUGUUUGUGUUAAAAAAUAAUUAGUGAUUAGGGCUAUAAAUGAACCAGUCUGUUCGGUAA